CAUCCCUGCAACGCGACUAAUUCACAUACAGACCUGGAAACUGCAACUGCUCUGCAGAGGAAGAGCAAUAAUACGCUGCAGACACGCUUUAUCCGCAAUUGUGAUCAAAGUAGAGGGCGUGAAUUUCGAAGGUCAGAUAGUUAAUAAGACCAUAUUGUCGUUAUGAACUUUGUGUGUCAGCAAUGCAAGCAGCCGCUGCAGCUUGACGCGUCACUAGUGGACCUUUCUCCGUCCGCCUAUGAUAUGGUUGCCGCAUCCUUACCGCCUGCACCCCCCAGCUAUACACGCCAGAUCCCCGAUUCCGAGAAGCUGACUCAGCUCCCGGCGCCAGCCUCUGUCAAGGCAGCAUGGCAGCAGGCCGUGCAGGACCGGUCCGCGUCACCCUCCUCCUCCACCCAGUCCCCGCGCCAGCGCAACCCAUCGCAACGCGCAGUUGUACAGCCCAACGAGUCCUUUGUGCUACUGCAAGAUAGCAUCGUGCGCAAUAUUCCCUCUCCCCUUCCCACGGCUCCAUACACCAAGAAAGCGUCGAGUGCAAAGGCGAGGAGCAGAGGUGCACCGCAGGCGGCACCCGAGGUGAUGCAGGAGGAGACAAAGCACCCGAGCCCUUCGCCGCUGUCGCACCACCUGCGAUCCACGCUGCGUCUGUUCAACCUGCUGUCGAGCCGCACCGAUCUAGAUCAUCCCCUGUGCGCGGAAUGCACGGACAUCCUGCUAUCGGAGCUUACACGGCAGCUCGAGGAGACAAAGAGGGAACGUGAUGGCUAUAUUGCCUUCGAGAAGGAGGUGAGGAAGGAGAAGGAACGUGACGGAGACGGAAUGAGCAAGGAGGAAGCGGAACUCAAGAUCGAGAAGCUGAAAGAAGAAGAACGCAUUGCGAUCGCGAAGCUCCAGGCAGCUGAGCGAGAACGGGAACAGCUGACUGAAGAAAUGAAGGCGCUCGAGCUAGAAGAGAAGGAGUUGGAGGAGGAAGAAGCAGAAUUUUGGCGAAUGCACAAUGCCCACCUGCUCAAGUCGGCAGACCAGGCAUCACAGCUCGCCGCGCUGCAUGCAGCGUACGCAGCGGAUUCCGCAGUCUUGGAGAAGCUCGAAUGCACGAACGUCUACAAUGAUGCGUUCUGCAUAGGCCACGAAGGCGUGUUUGGGACCAUCAACGGGCUACGAUUAGGCAGAGUGCCGGGCGUGCCGGUAGAGUGGGCAGAAAUCAACGCUGCUUGGGGACAGACGCUGUUGCUUCUCUAUACAGUUGCUCGAAAGCUGGACUUCACAUUCGAGAACUAUCGCUUGGUGCCUAUGGGCUCAUUCUCGCGAAUUGAACGGACGACCGGGGACAAGGCGACGUACGAACUGUACGGCUCCGGGGACCUGCAUCUCGGGCGUCUGCUGCACAAUCGGAGAUUUGACUUUGCCAUGGUGGCGUUUCUGGACUGCCUGAAGCAGAUCGUGGACUACGCCAAGGCGCAAGGUGCCCAAACCGAGUUCCCUCAGAUUGUGAAGGACAAGAUCGGAGAGGCGUCUGUCAAGCUACAAUUCAGUCAAGAGGAGGCAUGGACGCGGGCACUACGGCAAGUGCUGCUGGCCCUCAAGACGUUGUUGAGAUGGACCACGAACGGAAGCAACGGCUGAGGCCGGCUUUCUUGUGUAAAACACUUUCCGAUCUGCGUGUCCGCGGAUCAGCGUUGAAUGAAUCGAAGUUGGACGGGGAUACUUGUAUCUAUGUAUCAUAAUGUGUUUCUAAGGUGUAAUAUCAUGCGGAACAGCGGCGCGAUGUUGAAUGUCG